GCUCCUCCCCCUUUCCCCCCUCCCCGCGGAGGAGGACAUCUUGCGAGCCCCCCCGCGCCGCCACUCGCAUCCUCCCUCCUCCUCCUCCUGUCCUCGUCGCCUCCCGGGGCUCGCACCGCGGGGCCGCAUGGAGGCGGAGAGCGAGCUCCUGUCGCUGCCGUCCGUCGCCAUGGACGCGGUGCUCGCCUUCUGCAGCUACGACGAGAUCAGCGGCCUGCGCCUGGUCUGUAAGAAGAUGAACGUGAUUUGCCAGCGGGUCCUGAACCAGGGUUUCCUGCGGGUGGAGCGCUACCACGCCCAGUGCCAGAAGCAAGUCAAGUCCCAGCUGCCCAGGCGCGAGUCGGAGCGACGCAGCCACCCGCUGGCGCGGCACGCGGACAUCCUGGCGGCGGUGGAGACGAGACUCUCCCUGCUCACCAUGACCUUCAUGAAAUACGUCGACAUGAACCUGUGUUGCUUCAUCCCUGGCAGAGUGAUUGACGAGAUCUACCGCGUGCUGCGUUACGUGAACGGCACGCGCACGCCGCAGCGUGCCCACGAGGUGCUGCAGGAGCUGCGUGACAUCUCCUCCAUGGCCAUGGAGUACUUUGACGAGAAGAUCGUGCCGGGCCUCAAGAAGAAGAUCGGAGGAGACAUGUCCACCCGCUUCCUGUCCGCCACCUCCGUACCAGGCCCGUCUGGCGCCCUGGCCACCGUGCAGCUCUUCUCGAAGCAGAGCUGCGCCAAGCAGGAGCUCAACAAGAUGCAGACGCAGCUGAAGGCGAACAGCACCGGACUGGGCGGCCUGCGCAAGGAGCUCAACGACCUGCGCGGCAAGCUGGGCGAGCUGCAGCGCCAGGUGCAGGAGCAGGAGCAGAAGCUGCUGGAGCAGAGCCAGGUGAUGGUCGAGCAGAGCACGCGUCUGCUGGAGCAGGAGCGCAAGCUGGGUCAGACCGAGGCCAAGCUCACAGAGCAGCACAGCGUACAGCUCGCGCUGCCGCCUCCGCCGGCGCUACAACCGUCCAAGGGCGGCGGAGGCGCGCCGUCGACUUCGGCGGCGGCGGACGCCGGCGACGUCGCUCUCGCUGCCGGCGUGGGAGGGAGGGCGGCGGGGCAUUCAGCGCACAGACGUGGAGGUCGAGGUCGCGGUAGGGGUGCCGGACGCGGUGGUGGUGGUGGUGGUGCCGGCGGGGUCGACAGAGGCGACGGUUCUCAGCCGGCGCCACCCGCCGCCGACCGGAGUCGCUCGCGUCCCGGCGCCGUGGCGGCGCAGGGUGGCAGCGCCGGCGGUGGCGGUGGCAGGGGCGGCAGUAGCGGCAGCCACCGCAAGCGGUGCUUGGCACGGGAAGCCGCCAGUUCAUCCGCUACCCCCGCUUCCGCUUCCAUCGGCGGUGACGGUGGGUGUGGCGCCGCCAAUUGUGCCGCUGCCACCACCACGGUCCCUGUCGCCGCCGCCGCCGGUUCCGCGAGCCCGUCCGCGUCCGGUCAGGCGCUGCCAAAACGGCGCAAGAUGUUGCACGGAGACGAGGAGGCGGUGGGGGGUGCGGCGCGGCGUACGACGCGUAAGGCUCACGGUGCGACGGCCGCGGUCGACAGCAACAGCAGCAAGAGGCAGCGCGCGAAGAAAUAGCGCGGUCCGCUUCUUGCUGUGCGGCCGAGUUGUAUGCAUUGGUACAUAUUUGUCUAAAGCACAAAUAUUGGAAUACGUACCUGUAAGAUAGUGCAAAUCUUUAAUUGAUGUAUUUGUCUCGUCUCGUUAACAACACGCUUGCGUAAUGGAUUAAUAUUUUGUUGGGUUUUUUUUGUCCUCCUUUACCAGCCCAGCCAACCCACUCUUUCUCUUCCCUGAUGUGGCAACUUCUCAUUUAUACAAUUAUACUUCCAAAUAUGCAUAUAUUGUCUCCCGCUUUUUCUUUUCAUGUGUUCCAAAUAAAGACCAAUUUCAGUUGAAUGCA